AUGACAGAAGGGAGGUUAGAAGAUCACUAUGCCAAGAUUUGGGACUAUGCAACUGCAAUUAGGUUGAGUAAUCCGGGUACAACUUGCUUGGUGGGGUUAGAAAGUAAUCUAGGGUUUAACUAUUUCAGAUGGUUUUAUGUUGGCUUCAAGGCUUUCAGAGACGGAUGGAGCAGAGGAUGUAGAAGGGUAAUAGGACUAGAUGGUAGUUUCUUGAAGGGGCAGGUUAAGGGGGAGAUUUUAACUGCUAUUGGGAGGGAUGCAGACAACCAUGUCUACCCAAUAGCAUGGGCAGUUGUGAAUGUUGAGAAUAAGGACAACUGGACCUGGUUCAUUGAUAAUUUGGUUGCUGAUUUGGAUCUUGGUGCUGGCAAUGGAUUGGUUGUUAUCUCAAACCAACACAAGGGACUUUUACAGGCUGUGGCAGACCUACUCCCCAAUGUUGAGCACAGACAAUUUGAGCCUGCUAUACCAAGAAGUGAUGCUGCCCCUCCCACAGUUUCAGAAUGCGGUGAUCAAGUUAGUGGGCCUGAUGUACCAAGAAGUGAUGUUACUCCUCCCCCAGUUUUAGAAUCUGGUAAUCAAGUAGGUGGUCCUAAUAUUACUCCUAUGAAGAGGACUAAGAUGAUGGCAAGGAGAGGAGGGAAAACUAAAGUGUCUAGAUCAAGGAACAAAACACCAAAGAAAACACCUAAUGGUAAGAAACAUAAGAGUAAUGCAAAGGAGGAUGUGUCCCUAAGAUGUGAUGAGGAUUUUGUUGAUAUUUUUACCCAUGCACCUAAUGGUAAGCAAGGUAUGAGUCAAGCAACAAAGGAUGUUCAAGAACAAGAACAUGAUGAUAAUGAGGUGAAGGUGAGUGAAAGAGUUACUUUACAAGAGUUGCUGAUGUCUGGAUAUACACAUGCUGAUGCAGUGGCUGCUAUGAAAGAGGUAUGUUUUGGUAAUCACUAUUUUUGGCUUUCAUAUUGUAGAUUUACUAACUACCCCUCCAUAUUGUUGGUUUAUGGAGAGGUUGAGGAACAACAAAUUGAAGAAAAAGAGGCUAAGGGAGGAGUUGAAGAUACAGAGGUUGAAGAAGAAGAAGUUGAAGGCAUACAGGUUGAGCAAUAA